GCGCGCGGUACACCGGCCAGGGAACGACUCGCGGCACGCGGUGUGAGGUGCUGAAUCUCAGAGUUCCGCGGCGGAGUGUGUUGGUGUUGCGCGUGACGCAGACUCGCCAUGGCGCAGCUGUCGGGGACAAUUCGCGCCGCCUCUGGCUUUGACCCGGCCGCCGACGGCCAUACGCUCCGCAAGGCCAUGAAGGGCCUGGGCACGGACGAGAAGGCCAUCAUCAGCGUGCUCUGCAGACGGAACAACGCACAGCGCCAGCAGAUCGCCGUCCAGUACAAGAGCGGUUACGGUCGGGACCUGAUCAAGGACCUGAAGUCGGAGCUGGGCGGCAAGUUCGAGGACGUGAUCCUGGGUCUGAUGAUGCCGCCCUACGAGUACCUGGCGCAGCAGCUGUACAAGGCCAUGGAAGGCUUGGGCACGGACGAGGACGUGCUGUUCGAGACGCUGUGCACGCACAGCAACGCGGAGGUCCGCGCAAUUAAGGAGACGUACCAGAGAAUGUACAAUCGUAACUUGGAGAGGGACGUGCAUAAAGAGACGAGCGGCCAUUUCAGGAAAAUUCUCACAGCUCUUCUGCAGGCGAACCGCGACGAGUCGGGCCGGGUGGACCAGGCCAAGGCGGCUAACCAGGCGCAGGCGCUUUACAAGGCCGGCGAGAAGAAGCUGGGCACAGACGAGGAGACGUUCAACGUGAUCCUGGUGACGCAGAACCCUGCUCAGCUGCAGGCCAUCAUGGCCGAGUACGAGAAGAUCUCCAAGAAGGGCUUCAUCAAGGCCAUCGAGUCGGAGACGAGCGGGGACUACCGCCAGGCUCUGAUGGCGAUUGUGAAGAGCUCGCUGAAUCGGACGGCCUACUUCGCCGAGCGCAUGCGUGACACCAUGAAGGGGCUCGGCACCCGCGACAACGACCUCAUCCGCCUGAUCGUGUCGCGCGAGUACGACCUGGCCAACAUCAAGCAGGAGUACCUCAAGCUGUACGGCAAGACGCUGGAGAAGGACGUGGCGAGCGAGACGUCUGGCGACUACAGGAGGGCGCUGGUAUGA